CCUGAACGUCAAACCGGCACACUCUUCGCUCUUUUCACAAUAAACAUCACUUUGCGCCGACUGAUCGGCAUUUUAGUCCAAGGAAGUGUAUUUCAUUAUUCUGAAUUAUUUCUAAAUUGAUAGAAAAUAUUCAAAUGUCUAUCAGCAAUCCGAACUCUCCUUCCGAGCGGAGUCCACUAGUGGAUCGAACGCUUGACCUAUAUCUCAACAUUCAACGUUCCCGGGAAUGCCUCAAAUGGGGCGCGUUUAACAUAGCCCUUCUUUCCAUCAUCAUGUUCGAUAUAUCUAACAAGUGUCCCUACUCCUUUUCCCAUUGGUAUUAUCUGGAGUAUGCAGCGGCUGCGAUUUUGUCUUGCAGCGUGAUAUACUAUUUUGCACGCUACUUUUUUUACAUGUUCAGUAAAGAACCACUGAAGGGAACGGAAACUCAACGAAAACUGUUAAAAUUUGAUGUGGAUGAUAAUUCUUUCAUAAGUACUACACCAGCGCCUAAGAAACCAGUCAGUUCCGCCGAUGCAACCUCAGGAAACCUGUCGUCGGUCAGUUUACAUUCAUUCAAUGAAAGUGGUCUUACGGCGUCACCGGGAUGGGUCUUUAGUCGAGGUAGUCCGCAUCGUCAGGGAGAUCGAAACAUGUCGGUUCCCAAUUACUCACUGGAAAGUUCUUUCAACGCGAGUACAAGCAAUUCGAUAAACUUUUCUCCCUCGCUGAGAAAAAUUGCAAAUAAGAAUGAUUUCAUAGUGGACGAAAAAGGUUUGCAAAAUUAUUUGAGAGAAGUCUCUAAUGAAGAAAGAAAUAGUAGCUCGUACAUUGAGGGUAUGAACACAUCUGGCAGUACUUUAAACUCAUUCUGGAACAGUUACAAAUUGGAUGAUAUGUCGAACCUGCUGAAAACGUCGCUCUACCAGCUUUCACCAUCGGCUCCACCAAGUAAGCAGACUUCGAAGGAACACGAGAGUGGACCGUACAACACUAUAGAUUCGGAAGUUAGCUCGGAGGUGUUGAAAAAAGUUUCUUCGGUUCAGCUAUCGAACUAUGUCGCAAACUUGAGAAUGUGGGUUUCUCUAACAAUACUUCAGCGAAUCGUAUCGGAAAUGAACAGCAUUGAUCACUCGUUUCGAACUCGUGGCUUCACCGACAUACAGCUGGGCAGCGUUGGCUUGGAAAGAUUAAAGAAAACCGCUGAAAAUCAGCAACUAGUAACACUGUAUAUCCCGAAAUUGCCGCUGAUGAUUCCGUUUCUAGAAAUGUCUACCAACCAGGAGUAUCUGGUCCAGCGAAUAAAGGAUUUGUCGAAGGGAAGUUGCAUCGCUGACUAUCGUUGGAACUCUGGUUCCGCCUACAAGGGGCUGAGCUGGGAUGAACAUUUGCCUACUGAUUCGGCUGUAAUUUUUCAUCUGUUCUGUACCUACAUGGAUAGCCAGUUAAGGCCACUGCCCCAGCCAGGUGGUCGCCCGUUUUAUCAUCGGUAUGUCAUGAUUGCUGACAAAAAGAGCUCGAAAGAAACGUUAGCGGAAGUGAAGACAAAAAACAAAGCAAAGUGCGCUAUCCUUUGCUCGAAUCCGAUGAAACCUCGGUUCAAUUUUAUAUCGGACGACAAGAUCCACAACAGUGCUUACGAUCGCAACAAUCUUUUCUACGUCAUUAUUCAGUUCCUAAUUUAUAUGAAAAAUAACCACGAAGGCGCGGUGGAAGGAAUCAACUUGGGAAAGAGCGGAAUUAACAUUUUGUGUGUUGUGGAAGACUGAUUCAUUGUAAUUAUUACUCGCUCUUACGAUGUGUUACAAUUACUGAUAGCUUGGAUUAUACUUCAUAAUGUAAGAUUACUGUAAAUCAAAAAUGGUAUUUAAACUAGCAUUGAUUUCUCGAAAUAGAGUAUGUUAUGUAAAUGCCUACCGGUAGAGAAAUUGUGUAAUGUAUAUGUCUACGGAUGACAAAUGAUAUACGGAAGGUAUAUAAGGGACAGUCAUAUAGGGUUGUACAAGAAACUAAUUGAGAAGUUUUCCAUGGUUCAGGAGGUACGAAAUAGUACAAGUAGUACUAGAGGGCCCCUAGGAGAUUACAAUGUUGAAAUAAUUUCUUAUAUUAGAUCUAAGAGGAACAAUUUUACGGCCAUCUUAAGC